AAUGCCGCACUGUUUACGUUCCCUUGCGUCAGGUUUUUCAGAGUAGAGUUCAUGUGUGUUUUUUAAAGAUUUCUCCCAGUUGUGUGUUUGAAUAAUUCUUGUGUUCAUUGCGGAUUGCUGGUUUUUUUUUUUUUUUGGUCUUCCGGCGCUGGAAUAAAACAACGGGACGGCCACAAAAACAAAGCAACAGAUCACAAUGCAUACAAAUAAAUGGGAUCCAAAAAAUUAAAAACACAUAUAUGCAAAAAAAAAAAGAAAAAGAAAAAAAACAAGCAAAUGCUGAUGGAAGUUUGAACCGUGGAGAGCGAAAGAAAAAAAAAAAAUCUAAUCAACCACCGAGAGGUCAGAUCCCACAUCCACCAAUCAAGAAGAAGCCCCCCAGUCCAAACGCCGCAAACUGGCUAGCUCUACAAGACCUGACUUUUUAGCAAGGCCAGGACCCCCCACAUCCACCGUGGUUACACAGCAGCACUCGGGAGAGCAAGCAACAGCUCAAAGCGAACCUGAAUAAACAACGCACACGAAAUCAAGAAAACCAGGGUGAAAGAAAACCAAGAAGUAUCUUCCAAAGGGGGCUGCUGAGAAUGUUCUUUUGAGGAUUUCUUCCACGGUGAAGAUAUUGAAAACACCCUUGAAAACAUGUGAAGGCCUUUGGCUUGUGUCAGCUGAGAUUGGAACAUCGUAACCGAAUUGAGGACUGCUGUUGCGUGUGUGUGUGUGUGUGUGUGUGACGCGCAGGGAUACAAUGAUGUUCCGAGACCAGGUGGGGAUUCUCACGGAUUGGUUCAAAGGCUGGAAUGAGUGUGAACAGACGGUGGCACUGUUAUCGCUGCUCAAGAGGGUGACUCGGACUCAGGCUCGGUUCCUCCAGAUCUGUCUGGAGCACUCGCUGUCCGACUGCACAGAGAUCCACAUCCUAGAAGCCGAAGCAAACAGUGCUGCAAUCGUCAGUCAGUGGUACCAGGAACCCAAGGAGAAGGUGGUCUCUCUAUUGCUCUCCCACCUGCCGCUGCUGCAGCCCCACAAUGCUGAGGCCAAGACUGAAUACAUGAAGCUGCUUCAGAAAGUGCUCACCUACACCAUCGAGAGCAACCUGUUUGUGGAGGAGAGCCGGCAGCUGCUGUCCUAUGCCCUGAUCCACCCAGCCACAACCCUGGAGGACCGUACCUCCCUGGCGAUGUGGCUCAAUCACCUGGAGGAGCACCUAUCUAGUGGCUACUCGGGCAGGGCUUCCUCCUCCUCCGUCUACCACCCCCGGCAGGGCUCUGACGAGUGGACUGGCGGACAGUCCGAGAUCGUGGACCCAGGCCUCGUGUGGCAGGACAAACCAGCCACCACGGGCCAGAAUGGGCACAUGCCUUUCCACGUGUCCACUUCCGUGGCGUCCACCAUGAACAGUAUCAGGAGCAGCGCCAACACAGUUCUCUCAAGCCAAAUCCACCCCAGCCCCCUGAAGAGAUCCAUGUCCCUGGUGCCCACAAGCCUGCAGGUGUCUGGCAGCGACUGGACCAGCCAGGAGGAUCUGGGCAUCCGGGGGUCCUAUGUGUCCUCAGACCACGCUCCUCUCUCUCCCCAGAGCAGCGUGGCGUCCUCGGGCAGCGAGCAGACUGAGGAUCAGGGGAUGGGACGGAACACCUUCCAGGAGGAAGGCAGUGGGAUGAGAGAUGUCCCUGCGUGGCUUAAAAGCCUUCGUCUACAUAAAUACGCAGCACUUUUCUCACAGCUGACCUACGAGGAAAUGAUGACGCUUACCGAGCAUCACCUGGAGUCACAGGUUUGGAAUGUUACAAAGGGAGCUCGACACAAGAUUGCCCUGAGCAUCCAGAAACUGAGGGAGAGACAGAGCGUCCUGAAGUCUUUGGAGAAGGACAUUCUGGAGGGAGGGAACCUACGAAACGCACUGCAGGAGCUUCAGCAGAUCAUCAUCACGCCCAUCAAAGCGCACAGCACACCACAGGCGGAUCAGAGAGAGGCUGACUCCGCCUCCCAGGCAUCAGACAAGGGAGGCAAGCAGGGGGAGGACAAGGACCAGGUCACAGAGGGCUUCCAAUCCCAGAAUCCCUCCGACGCAGAACCGUCAGCAGCGCCCAUCCACGAGGGAGACAUUGCGGGUCAGUUUACCAGAGUCAUGGGGAAAGUCUGCACUCAGCUUCUAGUUUCGAGACCGGAUGAAGAAAAUAUCAGCUGUUACCUGCAGCUCAUUGAAAAGUGUCUAACACAUGAGGCGUUCACAGAAACCCAGAAAAAGAGGCUGGUCUCCUGGAAGCAGCAGGUGCUGAAGCUGCUGAGAAUGUUCCCCCAGAAGACCAUGCUUGACAUGCCAGGCUACCGACAGAAAGGUUGGGCAUAUGGGUCGAACUCCCUCCCCACAGCGGGCUCUGUGGGCGCCGGGCUUGGCCGUCGAGGGCAGAGGCAGUUCCAGAUGCCCCCUCGAGGGCUGCCCCCCAGCCGUAUGGGGUUGCUAAGUCCAGCGGGCAUUGGGGGGGCCUCCCCUAGACACACCCUCACCAGCCCGGCGCUAGGGGGUCAGGGCAGGCAGAGCCUGUGGUUUGCUAACCCCGGGGGCAGUAACAGUAUGCCCAAUCAGAGCCGCAGCUCAGUCCAGAGGACACACUCUCUGCCCGUCCACACCUCUCCACAAGCCAUGCUCAUGUUCCAGCAGCCUGAGUGCCAAGUUCCUGGGACUGACCUGGAGAUCAAUCCCACGCUGGAGUCGCUGUGUCUCAGUAUGACAGAACACGCCUUAGGAGACGGCACGGACAGAACAUCAACGAUCUGAAAACGACAACAACAAAAGCAAAACAGGCUCCACUUCAUAUAAAACAGUUCUACCCUGGAUGACUUUUUAUACCAGAGCUGUGGGAUAAACCGCCACUCGAACGACAGAGUACAGCAAAAUGGUCACUACAAAAAACAAAAAACUGUGUGCAUAUGUUCUGAUAUUUUUCUACUUUAUUAUUCAUAAUAACUAAGGUUUAUAAUUAUGUAAAAAAUACAGAGUACUACAUUUAAACAAGGCAAAGUGAUUGCAAGAGUUUUGAAUACUCUGAUUUAAAAUCAGUAGUUAUCCACUUUAUUCAAAAUGUCUGUCUCCUACCACAAGUUUGAAACAAGGUAAAGCAAAAUUGCCACAGAGGGAGGGAAAAGCAGGGGGCUGGGGGGGUAGCUGGUUUGUGCUGGUCAUGAGAUUUUAGGGGGGGGGGGGGGUUGAACUACCUUAAUUUUGGAAAACAGAAGUUUUUUUCCUUUUUAAAUGUGGUGAAGUUGUCUUGAAGCUCUUCAGACCCCUCCCCCCUAAAUAGGCUGGACCCCUCCCCA